AUGGAGGAGGGCGAACUGAUCAAUUUCAAGACUCUGCACUGGCUGCAAGGGGGGAUCUUGCUGGUUGCAGAGACUGUGUCCCUAGGAAUUCUUUCCCUUCCGUCUGUUCUUGCUACGGUUGGCCUCGUCCCCGGUGUCAUCCUCAUAUGUGUGAUCAGCGCCCUAGCCACCUACUCUGGCCUUCUCCUCGCCGAAUUUCGGAAACAGUACCCCUUCGUCCAAAAUUUUGGCGAUGCGGUCGAGCUUCUUGGACGACCGAUCGGCAUGGGAGUUGUCUUUAAAGAGGUUUUUGGCUGGGCCCAAACUAUUCUUCAAGUCUUUUUGAUGGGUGGCCACAUUCUCUUGUGGACGAUUUGCAUGAACACCCUUACGAACAGCACAACCUGCACGGUCGUCUGGGCGGCUGUGGGCAUGUUGGUUUUCUGGGUGUUCAAUAUCCCGAGAACUUUGAAGUGGACAAGUUGGAUGUCGGCGACAUCUUGCGUCUCCAUCGUGGUGGCUGUUUUCAUUACAGUCGUUGACGUAGCGAUUGAAAAGCCUAUCGGAAGUGGAUCGAUCGACGUCUUCAAAUCCCUCGGCUUUUCUCCUGCUUUCCUUGCGGUCACCAAUAUUGCCGGUGCUUUUUCGAGCCAUGCCAUCUUUUUCAGCGUCAUUGCCGAGUUCAAGAACCCAGAUGACUGGCCUAAGGCACUUGCAUUUCUGCAGAUCACGGAUACGACGCUUUACAUCAUUGCCGCAGUCAGCAUUUACGUUUAUGUUGGGCCUGACGUGCCAUCUCCCGCACUUUCGGCAGCAGGCAGUGCCACCAUUCGCAAAGCCAUUUGGGGAGUUGCGAUUCCCACGAUUGCGAUCGCUGCGGUGAUAUACGCGCAUGUUGCGUCGCAGUACGUCUUCACGCGCAUCUUUGGCAACACCAAGCACGUCGUGAGAAGAACAAGAACAUCGACUAUCGCCUGGCUGCUGAUCACACUGGGCAUAUGGGGCAUUGGCAUGGUUAUAUCUGAAUCCAUUCCCGUCUUCAACAACCUGCUCGGUCUUGUCUCCGCCGCGUUUGCCAGUUGGUUUUCGUUUGGGUUACCGGGAAUCUUCUGGCUCUGGAUGCAUAAAGGCAACUGGUUUAGCAGCUGGAAGCAGAGAUGCCGGUUUGUGGCCACAUCGCUGCUUUUGCUUGUGGGAAUUCUGAUUUGCGUUCUUGGACUCUGGGUUUCAAUCGAAUCCAUUGCCAAGGGGGGUUCGGGUUCAAAGCCUUGGACCUGCGCCAGCAAUGCUGCAGAGUGA